GACUCGAGCUAAACCAGGAAGUGCCCGGUAGCCGCAAGCAGGAGGACAACACCGUCUGAUUGUUUUAAAAUGGUUCCGUGCCGCGACACAGACUGAUUUAAAGCUGAAUCGCGGCGUGGAAAGACAAAACGAAAGACAGAAAAUYAAAAUGGGCGUAAAAGCAGCGCUCGGUGCCGCUUUGUUGUCCGUCAUUUUCUUCACCACGCAGAUAAAAGGUCAAGAAGCUAUCGUGCACUUCUCAAACGGAGACACGUACAGAGAGUACUGCAUCGUCCACAACCACUCCUGGACUCCGCUCAAACCAACACUCGAUGCUGCCAUCACUCCAUCUGCCAAUGCCUCAGAGUACCCAAAGGUGACGAUUCCUCUGGCUCUCAUGAAAUACAGGGACUUUCUGGAAGCAAACCAGGUGUUUGCUGAGGGGAUGACAGUGAAGCUGUAUGCACCACCCUAUUCCAGAGUUGAUCCAAGCAUCGCCGUCAUCCUGCUCAUUUCUGUGGUAACGAUCAUUUUAGGCGGCUUCUGGAGCGGAGCAUGUGAGAGAGACAAGUUGAACAGCAGCGCUGUCGGGGGAGGGGAUGAAACUAAAGCCAACGGCGGCGAGCUUUCCCUCUACUCCCCUCUCAAAGUGGUCAUCUUUGUCGCCCUGAUGUGUGGGAUGUUGGUCCUCAUGUACUUCUUCUACAACAUUCUGGUUUACAUCAUUAUUGCUAUAUUCUGCCUUGCCUCUGCCUCUGCACUGUUCAGCUGCUUCGAUGCAGUGUUGGACAGAAUCGGUUGCAGCACUUUGAGCGUGUCCGUCAGAGACAGGGACAUCUCUGUGAGGUCUAUCCUGCUGGCUGCUGUGUGCAUCAGCAUUGCUGUGGUCUGGGGAGUGUACAGAAAUGAAGACAGAUGGAUCUGGAUUUUGCAGGACCUCCUUGGCAUUGCUUUUUGCCUCAACUUCAUGAAGACCAUUUCACUGUCUAAUUUCAAGAUCUGUGUGAUUCUACUCAGCCUCCUCCUCGUGUACGACGUCUUCUUUGUUUUCAUCACUCCCUUCUUUACCAAGAACGGAGUUAGCAUCAUGGUGCAGGUAGCUCUCGGCCCUGAUGCUACCGGAGAGAAGACACAAGGUAACAUGGUGGAAAUCCCUGCUGAACCACAGCCUCCAUCUGAGAAACUACCCGUGGUGAUGCGUGUCCCGCGGUUCUCGGCCUGGGCUCAGAACCUGUGUGGGAUGCAGUUCUCCAUUCUUGGUUAUGGAGACAUCAUUGUUCCAGGUCUCCUGGUGGCGUACUGCAGCAGGUUUGAUGUUUGGGUCAACAGCAGGAAGAAGAUCUACUUCCUCAGCUGCUGCAUUGCCUAUUUUCUGGGAAUGAUUCUGACAUUUGUGGUGAUGCUGCUGUCAGGGAUGGGCCAACCGGCUCUGCUCUACUUGGUGCCUUUUACAUUAGUAACUUCUGCCGUGGUGGCCGGGUGCAGGGGAGAAAUGAAGCAGUUCUGGACCGGAACCACCUACGAGGUUUUGGAUUCAUCCAGGGAACCUUUGCUGCCAGAGGGAAGAACUGACCGCUCCGUAGAAGGAGAAAACUGCUGACUCACAGUUGAGCGUGGACUCGACUGCUGGACUUUUAUUGUUUUAUUAAAAGUUUUAUUUCACAUUUGCAAAGUAAGGGAACACUUUAUUGAUCAAAUCUUUCUGACAGCCUGAACUCACCUUGAACAGAGGGAGUAAUUAAAGCAUUUAUAGUGCCUGAGAAGAAAAAAGAAAUGCCUGGGAAGAAAAAAUAAGCUCCAUGAGAAUGCACUUUAUAAUAUUGUGCUUGACAGAUGUUUUGUUGUGGGAGGGGUGGGAGCUGGGGUUUAAUUUUACUUCCACUGAUGAUGUAACACAUUUUGACAACUGAGAUUUCUAUGUAACCUGUUUAUAAAGUACGAUUUAUUUCUUUGCCUUACAAUAAAACKUAAAGUUUCUUUCCCA